AUGGUGUCUUUCCUUGACCUCCCUCACUCUGUCCGCCAGAGAAUCUACCGUUAUGCUCUUGUUCAGAAACGCAUCUUCGUCCGACCCUUCAUGUCCAUGGGGUACCUCGUUGAUGCUGAUCGAAUUGAAAAAUAUGGCAUUCCCAACCUCAACCUCCUGUGUGCCUCGAAACAAAUAUACGCGGAGGCUAUUCCGAUGUACCUCAGCGAGAACACAUUCUCUAUUGUCCAAGUUGACCUUCUUGCCGCGGCCAGCGCCGAGUCUGAGCGUGUCGCCUACAACCUCAAGAUGAUCCGCAGGGUCGAGCUCAUCUUCGACACCCGCGAUUACAUCUACAUGGCGCAGUUCCUGGUGGACGAAUUACCGGAGAUUGCAGGUUUCAUCGACGACUAUGUCUACAAUUCUAGUUACAAGGAGAACGUCAUUGAUAAUUUGUUGCAGCUGCGUGACCGUCUGGAUGUUCCUGGCUUGGAUCCAGCCGUACCAGAAUCCAUAACCUCGCGAAGCUCCUCCGAAGGACAGGAGAGACACCGACGUCAUAUUGCGAACAUGAAGGAGUUUCUCUGGGGACGGACUCUCACUUUUGUUCGGCAAACUUUCAGCUUGGACUACCUUUUCAUAGACCUGCGCCAUACCAAUUGUCUCAGUGGAUGCUGCCGUCUUUCUUUCGACGUGCUCAAUUGGGGUUGGUUUCGCAUCUGGUUGCAUGGCUUGCCUAAGGAGAUUCAGAUACGGUGCUAUGCAGAGCAUGAGCAUAAACUAGCUCUCAGGUGUUUAAACAGGCAGCGUUUUCAUCAUGGGAUGAAGCUGGAAGACAUCUUUGACCCAUGCCAGAUUGUGCACUGUCGGGAGCUUGCUCGCUAUAAGGCCAUUCUUGAGGAUGCCUGCUUCAACAAAGAAGAAUGGGAUCAGGAGACUGUGGUAGGAGAUUGA